UUUUUCUAUAAUUUGGAGAUUAAUGUCUCAGGGGGUGGUGCCUGUCUGCGAGUGGAACAUAAGUUUAUACAUGUGAUGAUAGUGUCAAGUCUCUCUGCGUCAAAAACAAUAAUUUGAUAUUAUUUUGUAGAUAAGAGCCGUACAGUCAGUCAGUACCACAAUUAUUAUAUUUUGCAGGUAACGUUUACACAGGAAUUCUCUAGGCGGGAUGAUUUUAGUUUACUUUACUCUCAGUCGUAGUCGACAUUGAUCAGCUGUUUAUUGUUUUGGUACUUCUGCGUUUUGGGCCGGUUUACUUUAUCUGGCAUUUUAAGGUUAUAUUUGCACCACGAUGACCAAGCGACUUCAGAAUCACUGUCAUGUCAGCAGAAAGUGAAGUGGAGACGAACGGUACACCCGUUUUAGUACGUUUCCAAACUGACCCUCUCAGUACUUCAGUGUCUGAAGUCGAAAAUGGAGAUGUUGCUGCCGUUGAGAUAGUAGCUGUUGCUGCACCAAAAGUUGGUGAUGAGCUCAAAGAUGAUGAUCUUCUGCUUGCAGCCACACUUGUUCAAGAUGCAGUGCAUGGACAAGAUAUUGGGUUUAAAACAGAUCCUGCAUCUGUCAGAGCAUAUCGCUUGUAUAACCAUAGAGCAAUGAGAUGGGGUCUGUACUUUGCCAUCUUACUGAAUUUGUGCCUGGGUCUUUUUGAAAAACCUGCAACCUGGCCUCUCCCAAUAUGGGCCACCAUCAGUGUAGAAGGACUGGUGCAUGCCUUUUACAUUUUUAGAUUUUUUCAUGGGAAACAUUUUGCAAAACCUGGAUUUUGGAAAGAUACGAAGCAUGUAGUUGUUUUGGUCACCAUUAUAUUGACCUGUCUAGAUAUGAUAAUCUACAUAUUUUGGAUUAACCUGGCCCCCUAUGCACACCCAGUUAGAUGGUCAAGAGCUCUCAGGCCAUUAUAUAUGAUCAAUUUUGCUGAAGGAAGACAGAUUAGAAGAGCCUUUAGGAACAUACGCCGUACCCUGCCAGGCAUUCUAAAUGUACUGGUUUUAUUUUUCUGUAGUGUGCUUUUAUUUGCCCUAAUGGGCUUGAAAAUAUUCCAAAAAAGAAAGCUGAAAAACUUGGAUGGCAGUCCAUACUUUGAAGAUUACUGGGAGAGCAUCUGGGCAUUAUAUGUACUAGUCACUACAGCCAAUGAUCCAGAUAUCAUGAUGCCUGCAUAUGACAAUGACAAUUGGUCUGCCUUGUUCUUUGUUGUCUAUCUUCUCAUAAACUUGUACAUCUUCAUGAGUAUUUUGUUGGCUGUUAUUUACAAUAACUAUAAAAAACAUCUAAAGAAUGAGGUGAGAAUGGCUGUAAUAUCUAAACGCAAGAAACUAUUUCAAGCCUUCGAAAUUCUGAAAGUACAGAAGGAUGGGAAGGAAGUUUUGACUGAGGAACGAUGGAGUUUGUUAAUGAAAGCUAUAUCAAAUAAGAGGAGUGGUGCACAAAUAGAACUGCUGUUACAUGUGCUGGAUGAAGAUGGGGAUAACUGUCUCUUGAGAACAGAGUUCUUGAACCUUGUAGACUUGCUGAAUGUGCCCUUAACAGAGGUCCAUGACAGGAAAACACUAUUUGAAAAGAUGUGUCCAUCUCUUUAUCUGUCAAGAGUCAGUGAAGUUGUCAAGAUGUGUGUAAAACAUAGGUUUUUUCGCUACUUCUUUGACUUCAUGAUUGUGGUGAAUGCUGUUUUCAUUGGACUGUCUUUAGAUGAUGCAGAGUGGUUUUUCUUAGUGCUGUUUGCCAUGGAAAUAUUGCUUAAGAUGUAUGCCUAUGGCUUCAGGCAGUUUUUUUCAUUGUUCUGGAAUUGGUUCGACUUUUUAGUCAUAUUCAGUGCUUUGAUAGCUACUAUAAUUGAAGCAUUGCUGCAAGAAUGGCAAGAUGAGAGCAACACCUUAGAUAUUUUACUGGUUUUAAGGGUCUUGAGGCUCAUUAAGAUAAUAGGAAGCAUCGACAGAUUUAAGGUGAUUGUGAUGACAAUCCUCAACAUUGGACCUUCCAUUAUAACAUAUGGAGGAGUGAUAUUUGUCUUCUAUUACAUCUUUGCUAUCAUUGGCAUGGAAGUAUUUUCAGGCCUUGUUGCCUACUAUCCCUAUGAUACAAAGAACCAAAGUCAGUUGUUCUGUGGCAAUCCUGCUUUGAAUGGAUCUGAGUUUGCCAGAGAGCGAUACUGCAGCAACAACUUCAGCAAUAUCUUGAGAUCAUUUGUGUUGCUAUUUGAACUGACAGUGGUAAAUCAGUGGCAUGUCCUGACAUCGGGCUUUGUUUUGGUGACAAGUAAAGCUGCAAGGAUUUAUUUCUUUACGUUUCAUCUGAUUUGUGUAGUGAUCAUUCUGAACAUUUUCACAGCUUUUGUAUUGGAGGCCUUUAUCCUGGAAUAUUCCUUGUCAAAAGGGAAAUUUGAGCACAGAAUUGAGCAAAAAAUCAAAGAAAUGGGAUACAGUAUUGGACAGAAAACGGAGCCAGGUCCCUUAAAGAUGAGUGUUAAGCAUGACAAAACUGGACUUGUGGACAACAUAGAGGAGCAUCCAACAGAAGAAGAGACCUCCACCUCCACACAGGAACAAGAUGGAGGUUUAAGCAGGUCAAGUUCUAAUACAAGUCUUCCUGAUUUAGCUUUGGAAAAAGGAAUGAGGUUCCACCUGAAGAAGAGAAGUCGCAAGAAAGUGGAAGUGUUACUUCAAUACAUGUUUGAAAACGAGUUGGGACCUGAAGGCCUGCUCGAUAUUGACGAUGUCACCAAUCUCCCAGAGGAGGACGUCAAACCUUUCCCUCUUACCCUAGACAAUGUCACAUGAGACAGUUUAUGACACAGGUGAUGCUAGCUUGCAUGUCACUUGACUUUGAACACAUUUUUGGUGUAAAUAAAAAAAUUGAGUCAUUUCUAGGCAGAAGUCAGUUCAAACCGUACAUUUGACCAGGCUUCACUUUGUCCCUGAGUAAUUACUUAAUAUCAGCACAUUGGUAUUCCUAAGUAUAUAAAAAGCUACCUGCCCAGUGCACCAGCAAGCAACCUGUGGAAGACUGGCAUUAUUAUGUCCUAUUAUGUAAACAGAAAUUCAUGGUAAGCACAGGCCAUAUAUUUGCAUUUAUACAUAGAAAUGUAAUAUGAUACUGAUAGGCACAAUGCCAAUUUUCAGACUUAUAAUGGUCAAGUUAUAAUCUCCAUCAUGAUUAACUGUAUUAUCAUUUUGUGCAACAUGAUUGUUAAUAUACACCCAAUAGAUGUCCCUUUAUAAAUUAUUAAGGAGUUGUUGAUGUUUGUAUGUUAAUUGAUGACAAAAUCAAUUAAGUUUAGAUUAAUAAUUUUUGAGGAAUGGGAUAUUUUUAAUAUAAUAUUAAAGAAUUGGUCUGAAUUAUUACAAAGAGAUUAUUCUUCUAAAAGAGUUAUAUAUGAUGAAGAUAUAUAGAUUGUUGUCUCCACAUGCCAGUGAUAUAUCAAGCACAAUGAAGUGCUAGGCCAAAUUUUUUGGUGGAUUAUUCAUUCUGAUAAAUGAAGAAUAAACUUGAGAUUUCGUGUUACUUGGAGAUAUUUUAGGUUUAGAUGUGCAAUAUGAUUUAUACCUGAUUUAUAGUAGAAUGGAGAAAGAAAACAAUGAGUGUGUAAGCAAAACAUAUUAAAGUAUUUAACAUAAAUAUUGAAAAAGGAUAUUCAAUUAAGAUACAUGUCAUAAGUGAUCAGCUGUCAAAAUAGAAAAUAUAGUUACUACCCUGAGUUUGAGAGGCCAUUUCUGAGCAUACUUAUUAACUUCAUGAAGUGUUUUAUUUUAUUUCAUUUAUUAUUAUUAUUUAUUAUUAUUAUAAUUUUUUUUAUUUGGUUACUUGAACGUACUCACUGAAUGCCAUGUGAAUGUUUCUCAAACAGUUUUAUUGCCUUAUCUUUUGACCAGAUAACUGAAUCACAUGCAUUUAUAUGGUCUACAAAACUGAAUUGGAAUUGGUGAUUGGAUUGGUAUCUCAAGAUUAAAAGGUCAAAGAUAAAAGUGGAUGGAAUAUCUGCUUAUUUGCCAGGAUUGCAUGACCAUCAGAUUGUAAAGCUCAGGCUAGAUUUUGACUUUAUAUAUCUAUACAUAUACGCUGUGGAUAUCAUAACAGAGUUGGUGCUAAAUAUAAAAUAUAUACUGUACAUUGCCAUUUUACAACUAUGAUAACAGAAAAAAUAAUAUCAAAUACUCAUUAAGUAAUUUUUCAUGAGAUUGAGAUGUUAUAUAUGUUAAGAGGUCAAUGAAGACAUUUAUAGAUUGCUGAUAUUCUAUGGUCUAAUAAAAUUCAUGCUGAUUGGUA